AACGAAUACGUGCAAACAAAAAAGAAAGCGGCUUUUGCUGUGUAGUGAAAUAGCAUGUCUCAAUUAUUAUCAACUUAUACAAAGAGCAGUGAUAUUACAGAACUUGUACGAAAUUAUUUUACAGUCCCAGCAGCCAUUCCAUAUGUACCACAAAAAAUAUGGACCAAGACAAAGAAGUUUGUUAUAAAUGAAAGACCAGAUGAUCUCUGGGAAAAACAUUACACAAGGAGGAGAGAAAAUGACAGCAAAGGUUACCAAAGUGUCAUAGGAGAAAAAUACAAACCAAUAGGGGAUGAAAUUAUCCUUGACACAUGUGAUCUUGUGCUAAACACGAUGUCAAAAUGUUUGGAUGCAAAGAUGAGAAAUCAGCUGCUAUUUAAUCAUCCUUAUAGUGAAGGAAAGCAUGAGAAGAACCAUACAGCGAUAACUCAAACAUUCCACAAGACAUCAGCUCCCAAGCCGGCUAUUGAAAAGUGCAGUUCAUCCUCUGACUUAACAGUUAGACAAUUUCCCAAAGUUCACAGUUACCAAGAGAUCAAACAGUAUUUAGAUGAGAGUAAGAGCAUUGUUCGUAGAGUCCAUGCUGGCCUUUCAUAUGAAGAAUACGUUAGGAGGCGUCUGGAAACAAAUUGUAACAAACCAAAGGACAGCACUAUGAAAGAAAACGAUAUGGUGCUGAUGUCUCUGACAAAUCUACAACUGGGUCUGCCAGACAUUUACACACAGAAAGUGGAAGACAAAGAGGAGGUCAGAAGCAGUAAUAAUAGUUGGAUGUCAUAUAUGAUUGACCCAGAAACAAACAAGAGGAUGUCAGUAGAUCCCCUAACCUAUAGUCUGAUGAAGGAGGAGUUGAUUGCUCAUAGAGAGACAAUGAAAAUGCCGAUGAACCAAUGCCUGAUGACUGAGAGAAAUCUUAAGCUAGAUAUUUUAACCCAAGAACAAAAUCGCUGCGAUCAGCUAAUUUCAAAUCCAGGAGUAAUAAUGCGAAAGGAAAGACUACGGAGGGACCAUCUUCAGUAUCUACAAGCUGUUUCCAUGAUUCUUACUUCAAUUAACAAUAUGAGGAUUACAGAUAUUAAGACUAAGAUUCCAUUAAAGCUAGAUGUUGUUCAAGCCUUGAGAAAAGAACAAACCACUGAACCCAGUAGGAGAGAAAGCAAAACUCGUCCCCAGACUCGAUUUCAUCAGCUACCAGUUGGCCUUCAUAGUGAUAUGUCUAAAGGACAAGAUAUGUUGGAACAUCAAGUGAGUGGUAGCUCGGUUAUCACCACUAAACUAAAACAGAGUUCCCCAAGGACUGGAACAGGAAAAAUGCACCAGCUACAAAACUCUGUUGGGGAGACAUCGGAAGAUCUUGUUUAUAACCAGAGAGAGCUAGAAAAGUUAAUGGAUAUACCACUACAGUCCAAGAUCAUGAUGAAAGCUUUGUCAUGGAAAAGGACGAAAGGUGCCAUGAUACCUCAUGAGGAUUCUAGCCUUUCUGCAAAUGAACAUCCAGGGCUAGCUGACCAUCGUAGAAAAUCGAUAGAUCACAAAACGCAGACAUUGUGGCAGCUGGUAGCCAUAGAUAAAUCUCCAAAAAUUCUACAGGAGAAAAUAAAAAAGGCAACAUUGGAACCUGAAAAAAUUGUAUCAAACAACAAAAGGGCCAUGCUCAAAGUCAAACAUGAUUUACUCAAGGAUUUAAAGGGAGAAUUACAGAGGAUAGACAGAGAGAAAUUGGCUGUUUUCAAAAUGAAGUAUGGUGAGCUUCAUGACCUGAGUCCAGUUUUUGAAGAGCACAUGUCCAAGUUUAGAAGUUGCAGCACAGGAAGGACAACUCACAGGAAAAUGGAUAUCACUGACGUUCAACCAUCAAAAUGGUUUGAAGAUCUACGGGAAAAAACCGUUUAUAUAAUAGGCGAAAAUAGUAAUGAUGAGGCGAUAAAUAAAACACUAAAGGACAUUGGUCGAUACUCAACCAUUGACAGCAAAACCUUUCCAUCAGCAAAGGCUAAGCUCUGUUUGCUUCUGAUGUCCCUUCCAGCAUACGAGUUAUUCACAAUACCAGUACAGAGAGCCCUCAAGUUUGUUCUGGAGUCCAUAUUCCAAGGAGAUGAACACUUACUGAGGGAGUGGUUUCAACACAGAAAAAUACCUUAUUUCAUCAAGGAAGUUACUACAGCCUGAAAUAUGACAAAUGAAUUACUGAAAAGUUACAUUCUUUUCUUAAAAGCAAUGAUAAAAAUAUAUCAUUUAAUUAAUUCAUAUUUGUUUUCUUUUCAAGGAUAUGUAUAUGUAAAUUGAUAUAUAAGAUUUAUUUUACAGCAAACUGUGAUGUGUCAAAACUCAAUUAUGUGUACAGUUAUAUUUGAUAAUAUAAAUAUUAUUUACAGUAUUAUUGCUAGUAUUGCAAAAGUAAAAUCAUUGAAAUAAAUUUUAGAAUGUC